UCUUCCUCCUACCUGUGCCUUCUGUGCUCUCAUUACCUUUCUUCUGGUUCUAUUCCAAGUUUUUUAAAACAGGUCCAGGUUUUAAAACCCUUCUCGAGUUCUUUCUCUUAGUUUCUUUCCUGGGUUUAAACCCCUUUAGUUCGAGUUUUUUCUCUCAGAGUUUUCGCUCUUAGAAAAUGCCUGCCGUAGGUAUUGCGAGUGGUGGCGACGGGAAGGAGUAUCCCGGAAAACUCACCAGUUAUGUUCUGGUAACAUGCAUCAUCGCGGCCAUGGGAGGGCUGAUUUUCGGCUACGACAUCGGAAUCUCCGGUGGUGUAACGUCCAUGGACUCGUUCUUGAUGAAGUUCUUUCCUUCUGUGUAUCGUAAGAAGGAGCUGGACAAGACCACCAACCAGUACUGCCAGUAUGACAGUCAGACGUUAACCAUGUUCACGUCUUCGUUGUACUUGGCUGCUCUCAUGGCCUCGAUCGUGGCAGCCACUGUCACUCGGAAGUUUGGCCGGAAAUGGUCCAUGUUGUUCGGUGGUCUUCUCUUCUGCGCCGGCGCCAUCAUCAAUGCUGCUGCCAAAACCGUGUGGAUGUUAAUUCUUGGCCGUAUAUUCCUUGGUUUUGGUAUCGGAUUUUCCAAUCAGUCUGUGCCACUCUACUUGUCUGAAAUGGCGCCAUCAAAGUUCAGAGGAGCUCUCAACAUUGGUUUCCAGCUUUCUAUCACCAUUGGUAUUCUUGCCGCCAAUCUGUUGAACUACUUCUUUGCAAAGAUAAAGGGCGGUUGGGGAUGGCGUUUGAGUUUGGGUGGUGCAAUAGUCCCUGCCCUUAUCAUCACCUUUGGCUCCCUAGUAUUACCUGACACACCAAACUCUAUGAUCGAGCGCGGCCAGACCGAGGAGGCCAAGACCCAACUGAGGAGGAUUCGCGGUGUUGAUGAUAUCAGCGAGGAGUUCAAUGACCUUGUUGUAGCUAGUGAUGAGUCUAAGAAGAUAGAGGAUCCAUGGAGGAAUUUACUCCAGAGGAAGUACAGGCCCCAACUUUGCAUGGCGAUUCUGAUUCCAUUCUUUCAGCAGCUUACUGGUAUCAAUGUGAUCAUGUUCUACGCCCCUGUACUGUUCGACACAAUUGGUUUUGGAAGUGAUGCUUCUCUCAUAUCGGCUGUGAUUACCGGAACUGUAAAUGUUGCCGCAACAUGUGUUUCGAUGUAUGGUGUUGAUAAGUGGGGAAGGAGGAAGCUCUUCCUUGAGGGUGGAACUCAAAUGUUAAUAUGCCAGAUAGUUGUGGCAAUUUGCAUUGGUGCAAAAUUUGGAUUGAAGGGAGAUGCCGAUAACUUGCCAAAGUGGUAUGCAAUUGUUGUGGUGAUCUUCAUCUGCACAUACGUAGCAGGGUUUGCUUGGUCAUGGGGCCCCCUAGGGUGGUUAGUCCCUAGUGAAAUUUUCCCUUUGGAAAUCAGGUCAGCUGCUCAGAGUGUCAAUGUCUCAGUGAACAUGAUCUUCACCUUCAUUGUGGCUCAAGUCUUCUUGACUAUGUUGUGCCACUUGAAAUUCGGACUCUUUCUCUUCUUCGCAUUCUUUGUGUGCGUUAUGUCCGUUUUCGUGUACUUCUUCUUGCCUGAGACAAAGGGAAUCCCAAUUGAAGAGAUGAGCAGGGUGUGGAAGCAGCAUUGGUACUGGAAGAGAUUUGUUACCGAUGAAGAUUACCCCAAUGAUGGUUAUGAGAUGAGCAAGCCAACCACUGUCAAAACUGUAUAAUUGGUUCAGGGCAAAUAUGAGUCCUCGAUCGAUCAUUUACUUGUUUAGUUUUGGUAGUAGUAAAUACUAUUGUUUCCAAUUGGCCAAGGCUUAUAUUUUAAUUUAUAUCCUUCAUCUAGCAUACCUGUUGGCCUUUCCAUAUAUUUGAAUCAUAAUGUGGGUUGUUGGCAC